AUGGCCAAGCAGGGGAAUUCGCUUGUUUUGCCUGCUUCCUUGUAUGUCAAACGCGGAUGGCACCUUCGACCGCAUGCUCGCUCCCCUGUGCUUUCUUCGAAAAAGAAGACCGCGGCCCGUUCUGUCCCUCAGGUUCUCAAGAAAGACCAUCGCUUGCUUCCUCUGGAUGAGACGCGGGAACUGCGUCGGACACAUAAGUGGAUUGCGAUGAUGGAGAACGAAGACGAGGACGAGGACGAGGAGAAUGGCGAACAAGCCCAGUUUGGCCAGCAGCCGGAAGAUACCAAAUCUGUCAAGCACCAAUUGCGAGAGGAUCUGGAUGUCUCGCGCCUUCAUCGACGUGUGUACAAAGGCAUUCCCGAUGAAAUGCGCGGACAAGUGUGGUUCGCAUUGUCCAGAGACGAGGAGACAAGGCCGUAUCUAUCCUUGGCCGAACUCAUGGAGCUCGAUUCGGAACAUGAUGUACAGAUUGACUUGGAUGUGCCGCGGACGAUGCGAUACCAUGAACGAUUCUACACACGCUACGGCGAAGGGCAGUGCACGUUAUUUACGGUGCUGCAUUCCAUGUCCCUUAUAUGCAAGGAAUGCGGCUAUUGCCAGGGCAUGGGCCCUACAGCGGCUAUGCUUCUCCUCCAUAUGCCGACAGCCGACGCCCUCGAGAUGAUGGUCCGUCUGCAUGAUGUAUAUGGAUUCCAUGAUGUCUACCGGCAUGGCUUCCCUGGCCUGCGUGCUGAGUUUUAUGUACUGCAAGCACUUCUAAAGCAUUGUUGCCCUCGCGCAGCAAAGGAGCUCGAACGACAUGGCCUGGCUCCCAGUGCGUACGCUACGGGGUGGCUCAUGACACUCUUUCACAAUGUGUUGCCGUACCACACGCAACUCCGUGUAUGGGAUGCGUUUUUCCUCCAUGGCUUUGAUGUGCUGCUGAUUGUAGCGACAGCAUUGAUUCGGUCAUUGGAUGCACAGUUAUCAAGGAGUACAUCGUCCUUCGACUUGCACGAAGUACUGAGUGCAUCGAUGGUCCCUGAAAGUGAUGACGCCCUUUUGAUGUGGGUGCAUCGAGCGAUACAGGACCCAAAGAUCAAGUCUAUAAUCGGCGAUCAUCGACGUACAUGGUCACGCAUGGAACAAGAGGGGAGUCAUACCACCUAUUUUGUAUAG